GGAGGAGGCGAUCCAGCGCGGCCUCAAGGUGCGCCUCGCACAGCUCGCCGAGGACCGGGAGCGGCGGGCGCGCGCGGCAGCAGCGGAAGACGGCGCCUUCACGGCCGAGUUCAUGGCCGCCGCGCGCAAGGUCUUCGAUCUCAUCGACACGGACGCGUCCGGGCUGUUGGACCACGACGAGAUCAAGACGGGCGUCACGUCGAACCAAGAGGUCAUCGCCUUCGUCAAGGACUGCGGCAACCAGAACCUCCAGGAUCUGUUGAUUCCCGAGAAGAUCGAGAAGUCGAUCAAGACCCUCGAUACUUCCGGAGAUGGCCUGAUCGACGCCUUCGAAUGGGAGGCGAUCAUCGAGAAAGCUUUAGCAGCGAAACUCGAUGAACGGGCCAAGGCGCGCGCGGAGGAGGCCAUCGCGUCGGGCCUAUCCGCCACGGGCGGCAAGAAGCGGCGCCGCCCGGCGCCCUGGACGGGUGGUGGGGUGGAGCUGCCUUUGCUGAUUUUCGGCGACAUGGCCGACCUCAAUGGAGGUGCCAAGGGCAACAAGUCGCAGAAGAAGAAGGUGUCCGGUGCCGGGGCGCGCUUGUGUGCGGCCAUCGAAGAUGAAAGAGAAGAAUGCGGCAAGGAGAACGAGCCGUUGGUGCUGUUCACGGGCAAUUCCUUCGGCGCGUCCUUCGAGGGCACCGUCACGCGCGGCGACCACGUCGUCCCCACGGCGAACGCCAUGGGCGUCUACUGUGGCGGCGUCGGACCUAGUGAUUUGGACUACGGGUGUGCGAAUUUAGAACGCAUCGCCAACGCCUGCAACUUCCCUUUGUUGCUCUCCAAUGUCUCGGAUGCCCGAACGUCGAAGCCCCUCGCUGGGACACAAGCUUCUCGCUUAGUGACAUGGCAGGGCCGCAAAGUAGGCAUCAUCGCCGUCGCGGCUGCCGAGAAGCUAAGGGACUGCGCGACUCUAGAGGUGGUGUCCGGCAACACGGGUAGCGACAGCCAGAAGGGCUCGCCGCCGCCCGUGCGCGUCGAGGACGAGGACGCCUGCGUCCGUAGACUCGGUGGCGAACUCAGACGCAACGGCGCCGAGGUCGUCAUUGUCUUGGCGGCCGUCGGCGGGGGCACUGGCAAGUCGUCGCCGGGCGGCGAGCUUGCCCAAGCGGCGAACGGCAUGGCCGACGUCAUCGUCGUGAGCGGGCCGCGCGGCGAGGCGCCGCCGUCGGGCGCGCACCGCCACGAGACGGACGAGGCCUACUGCUGGGUCGUUCGCGCGCCGCCGCAACUCGCCUGCCUCCUCAAGAUGUCCGUCAUCCUGCCGGAGGAGCCCCACAGCGGCCCGCCGCCCCACUUAGCGGCGGAGGCCCUGAACAUCGCGCCGGGCGCGCGCGCCGUCGACGCCGUCGGCCGCCUCGCGGUCGUCGCGCAUAGAGGCGUCGCGCGCGGCCUCGCGACGACGGCAGCCGUCUGCGAGGGUACCUUGGACUGCUCGGCCGAAUCGUUACGCGGUGGCCGCCACCUCGCGACGCGGCGCGCGGGCGCCUCGGCCGGCGGCCUCGCGGCGGACGUCGCGGCCGCGGCGACGCGGAGCGACUUAGCUAUUUUGGAUGGCAGAGCUUUGCGGUCCGUCGGCGAGCUCCCGCCGCGCAAGCCGCUCACGCCCGCCGACUUGCUAGCGCUGGCGCCCAUCGCCGACAGCGACAAGGACGGGCCCCGCGUCGAGGAGGGCGCCGUCGACGUCUUCGAGGGUGAUGAUGAUGAUGGUGUCAAGGUCGAUGAUUCGCUCGACGGCAUCGCCCAACAGGCGUGCGACGGCCCGGGCCUCGUCGUCGUCGAGGCGACGGGGCUCCAGAUCCGCGUCGCUUUGGAAUUAGCGCUCGCGCGCUACCCGAACCUGAGCGACGACUUCCCGCACGUCUCGGACGACGUGCGCGUCAUCUUCCGGCCCGACGAGCGCCCCGGCCGCCGCAUCGGCAAGGAGGGCCUCUUCUUCGAGGGCAAGGGCAUGCUGAAGACGCGCACGUAUCGCGUGUGCACGACGGCGCGCUUUGCUCGCAGAGCGUUCCUCGGGAGCAAAGCCCCGCAUGGAGCCGCGACGGUCGCCGUGCCGGCGCGCGAGGGCCCGCUCCUCGUCACGCUCCUCCGCAACCUCUUCGCGGACUGCACGAAGUCCGACGGCGAUUCCGCGCCGCGCGCGCUCGCGGCGCCGGUCUACGCGCGCAUGCGCAAGGGCGACGCCCCCUGGCUCCGGCCGCGCGGCGGCGGCCUCAAGAUCUGCCCGCCCGCCGGCGGCCGCAUCGCUGUGGAAGGAGAGGGCUUCGGCGGCGAGGGCGGCGACCGCCUGCCGCCCAUCGAGUCGCCGACGCGCGGCCGCGCGCCGCCGCCGCCGCGCGGCCGCACGAUGCAGAGCCCGCUGCCGCCGCCGGCCGGGCCGCGCACGCCGCUCGCGCAGAGCCGCUACUACAACCCGGAUCCACGAUCGCUGGCCAAGCCCAAGCCCCUGCCCGGCACGGCGACGCAGGCCAUGCGUGGUUCGUUCGGCCAGUCGGGCCUCGCGCCCUUACCUGAUUUGGCCAUCAACCGCACGGGCUCGCCCGUGCGCCUGGUCGGGGGCAUCGGCCUCGCGCUGCACGACCCGUUACCUGUGGGGAGUAUUGAUCAGUACUCGGCGUCGACGCGCGCCAUCGAACUCGCUAGGCGCUCUGCCGAGCUCUCGCGCGAUGUCUCUCCGGACGGUCGCCCGCGGACGACGAUGGGUGGCUCGCCGACGCGCUCGCCGAGUCCGUCGAGGCCGCGCACGACCAUGGGCUCGCCCGGCGGCUGGUAAUGUCGUGGGCUUGAUUCCCCCCCUUCCCCAAAAAACAUACGAAAACAAAAGAAAAAGUGGUAAAGCGACGCGGAUCGACGCAGUUUCACUGCCGACGGAGCCGCAACAGACUCGCACGAGAUUCGAGCCUCGGGCGACGACGUGAUACAUAUAGCGACGCGGAUCGACGCUUCACAAGCCGACGGAGCCGCACCAACAAGGACCUGACUUGUACAAGGAUUCGAGCCCUUGGGCAACGACGUGACAAAGAAAUACCAAAGACCCCUACGACCUCAUCUUGAGCACUCGAAGAUUCGAGCCUUGGAGCUGCGCGAGACGACCGGUCGACACGAGUUCACGGCGCGGCGGCUAGCAUAGCUGAGCUUGGGCGCACGGCACGCGGGGAGAGGAUUCGAGCCCUCUCUUCCACGUGUUGCAACGCCUGGCCCCCGUAGAACCCCUUGCGUUAAGUACGAUUCUUGCGCG